AUGGCUGCCUCCAGCAGGCUGAAGUCCACAUUGGCUCUGGUGACAGGUGGCGGCAGCGGCAUUGGACGAGCGGUGUGUCAGAGACUUUCCCGGGAGGGGGCUUCAGUUGCUGUGGUUGACGUGAACAUCAACUCUGCCAAUGACACGCUACAGACAUUAUCAUCCAACCUCCCUGAACAAGAGCAUGCGGCAUUCACGGCCGACGUCUCCCAAGCCGGCAGCGUCAGUGCGCUAAUGGAACAGAUACAGUCUCGCUUCUCUGCCCCUCCUCGUGUUGCUGUCAGCAGCGCCGGAAUCACCCGGGACGAGUUUCUGCUUCGCUUGUCAGAGGAAGCCUUCGAUUCCGUGCUGAGCGUCAACCUCAAGGGUACAUUUCUGAUUACACAAGCCGUGGCCCGAGCUAUCAUAGCCACAGGGCAAAAUGGAGGUUCCAUCGUCAACAUUGGCAGUAUUGUGGGAAAGGUCGGCAAUCUUGGUCAGGCCAACUAUGCUGCAUCCAAGGCCGGAGUAGAAGGUUUCACCAGGACUGCCGCCAAAGAACUGGCUAAGUUUGAUAUCCGAUGUAACACUGUAUUACCUGGAUUUAUUGCCACACCGAUGACUGACAAAGUCCCACAGAAAGUCCUGGACAAAUUCGCUGAUCUGAUUCCAUUGGGAAGACUUGGUCAGCCAGAAGAUAUCGCAGAUGUCUGUGCGUUCCUGGCUUCGAAUGACAGUAGAUAUAUUACAGGAACAAGUAUUGAAGUGACA